AUGACAGAUUUAGAUAAAAUACUCGGUGAAUUGCAACUGGAAGUGGAGGAACUCACUGCGGAUCUUGAACGGAGUGCCAGUAACGAGCAUAUAAAAGAAUAUUCAUCUAAUAAGGAUCGAGACUCUCAAGAAAGUCAAUAUUCACAAUCAACAACGACCAACUCUAGCGCUAGUUCCACAGACUCAUCGGGAACUUCCCCAGACAAAGAAUAUCACACUGACAAUCUCUUUGGCUUUAGUCUUGCUUCAAUAGAAUUAAUGCAAGAAGAACUGAUCAAGUUAAACUCGAGUCUCAACAAACGUCCAACGAAUGCCUCUACCAAUCCAUCUUCACAAAUGCAAUUCAACGUAUCCUCCUCAAACACUGAUAUUGGACAAAAGUCAUCUCCUCCUCGUCUGCCAGCUCUCCAGACAAUUUUUUCAUCCUCUGUAUCAAGCCCCGGACAGUCUUCAGCCUCCUCACCUAUAUCAGCAUCAACCACAUCAACUUCCUCUCCAGUAUCUCCAAAUGGCGAUAACCAUCUCUUCCGUAAUAUUGGCAAAAAUACAGACAAUACAUCUCCUGAUGCUUUGGUUCCUAAUAUAAUGGCCUUGACCGGUCUCAGCCCGACAUCACCAGCGGAAAGUCCAUCUAUAUCAUUAACUUCAUCUCCGAGCGAAACAGAGACUGAUAGUGACGAUAGCGGUAGCAGCGAUUUCAACCCACUAUCGUUAUCUCGAAAACAAAAGCCAAAACCCGUUUCAGACGAUGCAGUGGAUACAAACAGAAUAAAACGAAGUGCAACAAAUGGACAUAAACAUUCUUCGCCAAAACGAGUAGCGUCGCCUACACCUAGUCCAAAUAAUUCCUCGAACCCGGCUCUUACAACUCCAACUGGUGCAAAAAUCACAAGAAAAGGGACUACUGCUCGGGGGUUGGGAAGUAGGGUCAAAGUACAAGGAGCACCAAGACUAUCAAAAGAUCCUCUCCCUCCAACUCCUGCACUGCCAAAAUCUCACUUGGAUAAUGAAAAAGAACAAAAUCGAACUCGUGAACAAGAAGUGGAUUCGCGCCGAUCUGUUCCACGUGGACGAGUUGCUGAAAACUACACCAACGGACGGUCUAAAUCUCGUGAUCCUACUCAUGACAGAGAUUCGUCCAAUCUAAGCACACGGGGUCGUGAAUUGGAAACACGAGACCACAUCAAUAAAUAUCGGGGUCAAGGAAGAUCUACAGAAAGACGUUCUAUCACUUCAGAAAACGACCCAAGACAACUUUCUGGACGUCGUUCAUCUCCAACGCGGGGACGGCCAAGCGAUAGAAGCGAACGCCCAGUCGAUAGAAGCGACCGCCAUCAUCCAACCGAUGACACGGCGGCAUCGAGGUCUCGUUCUGUCAAUCGCGAUCAAGGGAAUCGUGGACGAUCUAGGUCGAGUGUUCGAAACACUUCACCAAAGCCUACCCGUCCACUCAAUCAAUCUCGUUCUCGUACGCGUGAGGAUGACAGAGGUCGCUCUAAUGAUCGCUCUGAUCGCUCAACCAACGCUGAGCGUAGUCGAUCCAAGUCUCAAUCCCGUGUCAAUGGCAAAUCUCGAACACCAGGCGGAGAAAUUGCUGAUAUUGAUUUUGAGAAAGAGAGGGAUAAGGUUCUGGAGAGGAAUAAGAAUGGAGAAAAUAAAGACAAGGUGGUAGAACGAAGCAAAACACGUAGGGAGAAAAAGUCUGAAACACAGGCUGAUAAAGAAAUCAAGAUUACGACAAGAAUUUACAUUGGUGAUGUCCGUCAGUUCAAGACUCUUGCAUUAACUUCAAAGAUGAACGCACUUUCGGUUCUCAAAUAUUUAAAACGAAAGCAAGCUGUUCCAGACAGCGAUGAAUGGACGCUGUUUGAAUUGGUGAAUGAUCUUGGGCUAGAACGACCAUUGAGAGAUUGGGAAAUAGUAACCAAUGUAAUCAAUACAUGGGACCCUGCUCGCACCACUAACGCACUAGUAUGUAAGACGUAUGCUUAUAGACAUACGUUGACCGUUGAGGGCAUGAACAACGGCGUACCUCCACUGUUUGGAUGGCUUCACCUUAAAUUGAAAAAGAACAAAUGGGAGAAACGAUACGUUUAUCUUCGAGACGGAGCGAUAUAUCAUGCUAAAGACUCAAAGGGAGUAAACGAGACUUUCCUCUGUACUAUCGCAUCGUUUGAUGUGUAUACUCUAACGAAACCACUCAAGAGGGCACCAACAAAGUUUGCAUUUGCUUUAAAAUCCCAAGAUAAAAUAACAAUGUUUGAAAGCCCAGACCAAGACUAUGUACACUUUCUUUGUGCGGAGCGUUUGGAGAAGAUGAAAGAUUGGGUAUUAAGUAUACGAAAUGCAAAGGCACAAUUAUUACUGGAAGAAAGACCGGAAUUGUUCCAAGCAUGCAUGGCAAAAGAAGACAUAUUAUCGCCUACCGUCAUAUCUCCGCAAACGGACAAGUCAGUGGGAUUGACAAAAGGGAAUAACGAAGGCUUUCAAACAAAUGGUGAAGGCAUAACCACCUCAGCAUCAGACCAAUGGGCUACGCUUCGUCGUGCAGUUAGAUACCAGCCUGGUAAAUCUAGUCGGAAAUUUGACUUUUCCGACAAUACUGCAUCAACGCCGCCUGCCGUAGGCGAUGAUAGUAAUAAGAAACUAGAAGCAAACAAUGGAAAUGUUGACGCGUCAGUAUUUAAACCAGGUUCAUUACUAUCAUACGACGAAAAGAACCCUCCCUUGAAGCAAGUAGAACAAGAAGAACUCUCUUGGGCCAAAGGAUCCCUCCUGGCUUCGAGUGACGUUAUACAUGAACAGAAAGAAAAAGAACGAAGAGAAGAGCGAUGGAAAGAGCGAGAAAGAGCAGGGAAUGGCACGACAUUAGUUCAACUCGAUAAUGGCGUUCAUUUCCAUAAAGGUUCAUUACUCGAUAAGGCCCGUCCGGACAAUGCUCCAACUCACAAUGGCACGUUCCUUAAUAUCCAUGAAGAACGGACGUUCUCGAAAGGAUCAUUGUUGGCCCAAAAGAAAAAGUCUACUGAAAGCCUAUCCCCAAACCGCCCACGAUCCGAACGACAACCUAACGGUCCGCUGCUCUCAAUUGAUCUUCCUUCUACACAUAAUCAAUCGCGCUCUCAAACUGGGUUCACUACUCAUUCGGGAAAUGGGCCUCUUUUGACCCUAGAUCUGCCGCCAUCACCGUACCGGACUCCACAUAACGUUAUAUCUCCCACGUCUCCUGGAAGCACUCUCUUACAAUUAGAUCUUAAACAUGAUGCUCAGCAUACAUUGGCGCUCAGAAGCAAGGAUAUUAAGCCGCUGGUCAGUUUUGUACCUGGGGAGAGAUCGGAAGUCAGGGAGACCAAGAGAGAACAAGGGAAAACUUUGUUAGUCAACCAUGGCUAA